UUAAUCUGCAGACGAGUGGGUUUGCUUUUGUUCCCCUAGUCAGGAAAACCCGGGAUGAUAUCACACAUGAGUUGGAGAGAGAGCGUCUGGAAAGUGAAAGUAAAAUUUCCAAGAGGAGAAUGGGUCAGACGCAGGAUCGGAGCAGACGAACAAAGGCAUCACCACAGCACAGUAGUGUGAGUCUUGAUGGUUACGGUGGCAGAAUGACGUCAUGGAAAUAUGUGAUGCAGCUGUUUCUCUUCGUGUUCCUGAUCAUGAUCGACCUGUCAAAAGAGGACUGUUACGACUACUUCGACGUGAAGAAAUGGGCAGGAAAUCUGAGUGAGAUUGUCACCCUCGUAAAAGCUAAGGAUUUUAAGGACACAAUGGAAUGUACUUUAGAGAAAAAGUGCAAACGGGAUGAUCGAAAAGGAAUAGCAUGUUACUUGCUACAUGACUGCUUUGAGAUGCACAGAGAUUUUCAAAACAAGACACAGGCUGGAAAUUGUACGGGGGAAACUCAGAAUAUCUCCUUCUAUAACUUCAUGUGCAUGACGGCUAAAGCUAUCAACCUUACUGUUAAAGGCUGUGAAUUAGACACCGUAUGCAAUGUGUAUGCAUAUACUGGUAAGUCCCACCUUUUUUGUGAUUUAAGAAGUGCAUGUGGAUGCCGUGCAUUUGAUCAUUCAGAAUCAUGCUUGCUGUUGCGUAAUUGCAUGUUUCCAUGUCCCCACACAGUUACAAAUUCCCAAUGUACAGAGAGUCUGUUCACUCAGAGAACCAUUGAUAGACAGUAUGUAACGUUCUGCAGUUUUGGCAACCCAUUCUCAUUCCCAACUCGUCAUAACACUGGAGCUUUGUCAGUGGCCUUAAAGGUCCAGUGUAGAAAAGACUUCAGGGAUGUGGACUAA